GUGAGUCAGAGGUCAUGAACUCAUUCAAUGUGUGCUCGGUGAUGCAUCUUUCACAAUCAAUGUGAGCUGCUAUUAAUAUAUACUCAGGGACUGAACAGAUAAAGCAGCUCUGGGGACUCAGUUCAUUCAAUGGGCACAGUGAGGGCAUCUUUAUUGGAUCAUAUCAUGUCGGGAACAAAGAGAAAAUACUUGCCUUUCCUGCUUGUUCAACUGCUUGCAUUUUCAUCUGUUAAAGCUGAUUCAACAGGAGCACCUUGUUGCAUCUUAGACAAGCGUUUUGGAGAAUUUUGCCCAACAACAUGUGGUGUUGGUAGCUUCUUUCAAAAUUACCAAAGCAAGGUUAACAAAGAACUGGAGGAUAUGGAAAACGAUUUGGAUCGUAUUCAAAAUGUGACCACGAUAACCAAAAAUACAAUCGAUAACGUCGUUCAAUCAAAUACUAUCAUGAAGAAACAAUCACCGGAUAAUUACAUCCAAAGGAUAAGAGAAAUACAGUCAGAGAUUCUGAAGUUCGAAACCAUCAGUUUAGAAAAAGAUUAUGAAUUACAGCAAUUGGAACAUAUAGUUUCAUCAAACGAUGAACACAUUAAAAGAUUAAAGAUACUAACCACGCAGCUUCAUAACAGAUGCAGCGAGCCAUGUCAAGACACAACUCAAAUACAUGAAAUCACAGGUCAAGACUGCCAAGAUAUCGCUGACAAGGGUGCAACAACGAGUGGUCUUUACUACAUCCAACCACUGAAAGCCCGCCGUAGUUUUCUGGUGUACUGUGAGAUAGACACAGCCGGGAGGGGCUGGACAGUGUUGCAGAGGAGACUCGAUGGCAGUGUGAGCUUCGCUCAGAACUGGAUUCCCUAUAAGGAAGGAUUUGGAUACUUGUCGCCUGAUGAUAGCACGGAAUUCUGGCUUGGCAAUGAAAAGAUACAUUUAAUAACUGUGCAGGGCAGAGGGCCCUAUAUCCUCCAGAUUACUCUAAACGAUUGGUCACGUGAACAGAGAACUGCUCGUUAUAUGGACUUCAAAGUGGGAAGUGAAGCGGACAGCUAUCGCUUACGUUACAGCUACUAUGACGGAGGAGAUGCUGGAGAUGCCUUUGAUGGUUUUGACUUUGGAGAUGAUAGCAGCAGUAAAUUCUACACAGCCCACAAUGGAAUGCAGUUCAGCACACCAGACGUUGACAAUGACAAAUACGAGGCCAGCUGUGCCUACCAAGAUCAGUCUGGCUGGUGGAUGAACAAAUGUCAUGCAGGAAAUCUUAAUGGCCGAUAUCACACAGGCGGAAUUUACAGAGCUGACCAGACCACAGGUGGAUUCGAUGACGGCAUUAUCUGGGCCACAUGGCAUGAUCGCUGGUACUCUCUCAAAGGGACCACAAUGAAAAUAAUGCCAUACAAAUCAUUUGAAAAACUGCGAUCCCAAGUUGAACAAGGUCAAGGGCCAAGAGGCGAUGUCUAAUAGCAUCAAGUAUAAUUACAUUUCAUAGCAGAGACAUAAUAUAGCUUCUAGCUUAUCACGUGAAUGCCUUAAGUUUGUAUAGCACUCAAAACAGAGUAAACAUGCUAUGUUAAACAUCAUACUGGCUGAGCCAAGAAUAAAGUCACGAGUCAAGUGUG